AUGCUCGGCGUCGUCAUCAAUCCUUGGGGACUUCGGUCCCAAGCUUGGCGGAGGCGAGAACUACUGCUCCUGGGCAUCUACAAGGACGGAGCUGACGAGCACAGCAACCGGAGCCAAGUGGCUGUGCGUUCUUGGCGGAAGCAAAUGGAACUGCAGGAAGAGCACGCCGGCAUCAUCGAGCUGGACAAGAUUUGGUGGGAGCUGCGGGGGAAGCUGGACGAAUACAUGGAGGCAGCGGAAAUGCAGGUGGGUGCAAUGAAAGCUUCCUUGGAGACGAUCGCAAGCUACCAGCAGUGUGGUGCAGGCUUGCAGGAGGUCCAGCGCAAGUACACCGAAGGCCUGGUAGCGAGGGACCGUGGGCACGCCGUCUUGAGGGCAGCCUGGCGCGAUGGGACGCGGCUGAUCGGGGAGCUGGCCUCGGUGGUCGUGGACGGCGAGGUCUUCUCCACCUUCGUGAACAUGGAAGGCUGCCAGUCGGAGUUGGCCAAGCAGACUCUCCAGCAAGUGCGCUAUGCCGUCGGCGGCAUGAAGCUGCUUGUGCACCGGUUUAAGGUUGGAGGCCUCAAGAUGCCAGAUGCGACCCCGCUGGCGGAGUCGACGAGGCGCCUCCAGCAGAGCUUCAAGGACGUGACGUGCUUCGACAAGAACGUCACGGGUGACGAAGCAGUGCUCUUACAAUCAGGAAUGGCACGUUCCCGUCGGCAGGAGCUAUCUUCCGAGAAGGAACAAGGCGACCCAGCUAGUGCCGGAGUCCCCAAAAGGAGGCGGUGGGGCUGGACCCAUCGCACGCGCACCGGCACCAAGGGCACCGGCACCGGGUACUACUACAACCAGGCAACUUCGCAGACAACCCGUCCUCCCACAACAGGUGCGGCAUCGACGACGACAACGACGGCAGCGAUAUCAACGACAUCAACGGCGACAACGGCGACAACGGCGACAACGGCGACAACGACGACAAGCGGGAGCCCCACCUCGGCCGACGAGAUCGAUGCGCAAGUUCAAGAGGCGGAGCAGGAGCUCGCUGCAUCCGUGCAGUCGAUCUUGCCAGAGUUGCUCGGCAACGCCUCCAACGGAACCAACGGAAACAACGGGACGGGUAUCCUCGCCACGGUCCUUGUCAACACCUCUGGCGGAGAACCCGUGCGUGUGACCCUGGUCGACCCGAGCGCCGUAGAAGAGAACGGCACCCUGAAUGUUGAGGUGGAGGAGGAUGGUGGCAGCGUGUCGGUUCCAGGUUCCGUGCUGCAGCAGAUUGCCGCCGCAGCGGGCACAGGUCCUGUGCUGCUGACAACGAGCACCGCCAGCGCCAACUCCUCAAAUCUCAGUGAUUCCGGCGUCGUUGUCGAUGCCGGAUCGGAGGUCGUCAUUUUGACCUUCCGAGACGCCAACGGCGACCCCAUCGACGUCGGGAACCUGUCGGAGCCCAUUGAGUUCACGUUGCCAGUCUCGGCUGAGGACAUCGAGCUCAUAGAAGCGCAGAGAGGUGACACAGCAAUCGCGCUGGCCAGAAGCUUGAAGCCAAAGAUCAAGAAGGUAUGCUGGUUCUGGGACGCGAAGAAGAAGGCUUGGUCCAGAGUGGGCCUCCUGACGGUUUCGAGCUUGUCGGGUGGCAAACCGAAGAUCCUCUGCAAGGUGUAUCACCUCUCGAGCUUCGUUGCCGGGGCCCCCACUCCGGGUCCUGAUGGCUGGGUCUACCUCCUGGAGGAUGCGACUUUCCUGCCGACCUCAACGGAUCGCUUCGCCUUUGCUCGCAGCGCGGAGGUGUCCUACCUCCCGAGCAUCCUGUACGGCUCCAGCGCCGGCACGGGGCCAGGUGCCACGGACGUGGAGGCCGUGUGGCGGCUUGACCCGCCCUACCAUUGGUCGGAUGUCACCCCCGCCGUCGCCGGGCCAGGCCCAAGGGGUUGGCACUCGAUGGUUUGGUCAGAGCCGGAUUCUGGCUUCCUCAUUUUUGGAGGACUCGUGGACAGACAGGCAGGCUUUGCGCCAAACGACCUGUGGUUGCUGAAGGCCACCACUGGGGUGUUGUUCGAGUGGUCAGAGGUUCUCACCUCUGGUACAACUCCCCCGCAACUCUACCACCACUCAGCAGUUGCGGGCACAGCCUCCGGGAAUGAUGUCAUGAUCAUCUUCGGUGGGAGUGAUGCAACAUUGACCCUGACAAAUGGCCUCUAUGUGCUGGACCUGAACUCCAAGAACUGGACAGAGCGGUCUCCCGCGAACCCGCCAACAGCACGCAACGGCCACACCGCAGUUUGGGCGGCCGAGUUAGCAAAGAUGCUUGUCUUCGGCGGCUGGGAUGGCGAGGUUGAUGGGUACUUGGAUGAGCUUUGGGCGUACAUGCCCGAUGCGGACAGUUGGCAGCAGCUCGCACCUGGCGUCACUCCUCCAGCACGAUGGCUGGGCGUCGCUGUGUGGACGGGGGAGGCGAUGAUCGCUUUUGGGGGCGUGAUCCCAGGAUCUCCGGCGUCGGCGACAUGGUACUGGUCUCCUGACGGAGGGAACGGGUCCAACGGGUCCUGGUCCUCCAACACUUCGUCCCCACAGCCAGUCCAAGACAGGGACGACACGGCCGUUUGGGAUCCCUUUGAGGGUCGGAUGUACCUGGCCAAGUUCGGGGGCUCCGCAACAUUCAUGUCUCACAAGGUGGCCACGACAACUUCCACCACAACAGUCAUCAUUGGUGACAUCAAGUUUGCCAAAGGGUCCACACAGAUUCCCGUGGACAAUGCGAGCCUCUACGACAUCGGGGACCGCAUCCAGAUCCUUGAUGCCAGCGCAUCCGAGAUUAAGACGGUGAUAAACAUCACUUUGCAGCCCUCCGGUGCGGGCAAUCUCGCAGUGGAUUCACCUCUUGUGAACGAUUAUCUCGUGAGUCGGCUUGCCACGAUUCUUCCCCUGCCUUCCACGACUACCACCUCCACCUCCACCACCACCACCACGACCACCACCACAACCAUCACCACGACCACGAGCACGACAACCAGCACGACCACGAGCACCACCCGCACCACCACCACCACGACCUCAACAACCACCACCACGACUACAACAACAACGACCACGACCACGACCACCACAACAUCAACAAUUGCACCACAGGUUUGGACGGAUCUCUCGUCCAUUGCGGGCCUGCCGCCGCCACGAUCGUCCAGCAGAAUUUGCAGUCCUGAGGCUGCCGAUCCCGCCUUGCUCUUUGGUGGAAGGGAUGCAGGCAACGUCGAGCUGGAGGACGUGUGGGAGUAUUCCCCGAGCACAACGUCCUGGAGGAAUGUCACGCCUGCCGUCUCCGGCCCAGGCCCACGGUGGAGGCACACGAUGGUCUGGUCGGAUGCCGACGGCGGCUGCCUCGUCUUCGGAGGAGCAAACUCGCCAGACGUAUGGCUCUUGAAGAAGGUCGCCGCCACCUCCGACUACUCAUGGUCGCAAGUUGCUGUCGUCAAUCCCACCGCAGCCCCUGGGCACGCCCGACUCCACUCGGCUGUGAUCGCCCCCAUCGAGGGCAACCCUGCCAUGCUGGUGUACGGGGGCAUCACGUCGUCCACACCGAAGCAGCUCCUCUACGCGUUCUUCCCCCACAACGGCACCUGGACAACUCGGGCUAACGGGCCUGGCUCCAACGGCUUUGUGCGCUACGGCCAUACGGCCGUGUGGGCCAAGGAGCUGAGCCUCAUGCUCGUCUUCGGUGGCAGGGUCACCAGCGGCCUCAACGAGCUCCACGCCUACAGCACCGUCACCGACACGUGGGAGCUUCUGACGCCGGCCGGUACGCUCCCCUCGCGGCGCCACUCCCAUGUUGCCGUCUGGACAGGCAGCUUCAUGAUCGUUGCCUCCGGACAGAAAGCAAUCAGCAGCAAUGCUGAUGACAAGGGAGCCUGGCACUGGCGUCCAAGUGAUGAAAACGGAAUUUGGGAGGAAACUGAGACGGCGAUCCAUCCAGGCAUGCUCACUACCGGCGAGGAAGGCACUGCCUUCUGGGAUCCCCAGACGCUGCGCAUGUACUACGGCUUCCACUCGGCAUCAGCAGGCUCCUGGUGGACUUACCAGCCAACAACCACCGCCGCCACCACGACCACAACGACAACGACGACAACGACAACGACCACCACGACGUCAACAAACGGACUACAGGUUUGGACGGAUCUCUCGUCCAGUGCGGGCCUGCCGCCGCCACGAUCGUCCAGCAGAAUUUGCAGUCCUGAGGCUGCCGAUCCCGCCUUGCUCUUUGGUGGAAGGGAUGCAGGCAACGUCGAGCUGGAGGACGUGUGGGAGUAUUCCCCGAGCACAACGUCCUGGAGGAAUGUCACGCCUGCCGUCUCCGGCCCAGGCCCACGGUGGAGGCACACGAUGGUCUGGUCGGAUGCCGACGGCGGCUGCCUCGUCUUCGGAGGAGCAAACUCGCCAGACGUAUGGCUCUUGAAGAAGGUCGCCGCCACCUCCGACUACUCAUGGUCGCAAGUUGCUGUCGUCAAUCCCACCGCAGCCCCUAGGCACGCCCGACUCCACUCGGCUGUGAUCGCCCCCAUCGAGGGCAACCCUGCCAUGCUGGUGUACGGGGGCAUCACGUCGUCCACACCGAAGAAGCUCCUCUACGCGUUCUUCCCCCACAACGGCACCUGGACAACUCGGGCUAACGGGCCUGGCUCCAACGGCUUUGUGCGCUACGGCCAUACGGCCGUGUGGGCCAAGGAGCUGAGCCUCAUGCUCGUCUUCGGUGGCAGAGUCACCAGCGGCCUCAACGAGCUCCACGCCUACAGCACCGUCACCGACACGUGGGAGCUUCUGACGCCGGCCGGUACGCUCCCCUCGCGGCGCCACUCCCAUGUUGCCGUCUGGACAGGCAGCUUCAUGAUCGUUGCUUCCGGAAUCAAAGCAGUCAGCAGCAAUGCGGAUGAUAAAGGAGCAUGGCAUUGGACCCCAAGUCCGAAUGGAAACGGGACGUGGGCAGAAACCGAGACGGCGAUCCAUCCAGGCAUGUCCACUACCGGCGAGGAAGGCACUGCCUUCUGGCAUCCCCAGUUGCUGCGCAUGUACUACGGCUUCAAGUCGAAAACAGCAGGCUCCUGGUGGACUUACCAGCCAUGA